UCUGAAUUUUUUUUUUUCGAUCGGAUGAAAGCUCAACUUGGAAAAGGCCAAGAGUCUAUUUUCGGCAAAUCCGUUGUCAUAGCUUCCUUUUUAUCAGUAACUGGGAAUUUUUUUUUUACUUUGGAUCUGGUCUUCCUCCUUUACAUUUUUUUUUCUUCACUUGCUUAAAUUUAUUUAUUCACUUGUCAACGACUUCAGAUCCCACCUUUACGAAUCAAAAGAGAAUUAGAAUAACAUACGGCGAUGCCAUCUUUUAGCAACCAACCGCAAACGGAUCAAAAAGAGACCCAGCAGGUGCCGGUGCUUCCGGUGCGCAUCUAUCACCUUGCUUGGGCACGCAUUUUUGAAUCCAAAGCAACCAUUACUUACGUUGGCAUGACGAUAUUUUCCACCGUCUAUUGCAUAAUACUCGAAGCGAUGAUUGCUGUAGCUCACACGAACGCUUCGUACGACGUUAGAGGAUCCGAUAUCGCUUCUGGUGGAGGAAAUUCCAGUGUCACUUCAGCGUUGGGAUCCGACGAUCAAGGUGACCCAUACGCAUUCCUUCUUCUCAAUUUGCAACGUCUCAAAGACGAAAAUGUCUUUUUCGCCCUUUUUCACGUAUUCCAGCUUUAUCUUGGCAUGGACGCGAUCAUUCGCCAAAAUGUUAUUCAGCUAAUGGCACAUACAGCCAAUGAGUUUCUAAGUAUCGUGCUGGCUUUGGUCCAGUUGGGAGAGACCCUGAAAUGGCGCAGCAGAGUAGCGACUGUGGACGAUCGGUUUCAACUAUCCACCAGUCGUUUUUGGUUUGGCAUGGCAUUAAAAUACGAGAUUUCAUUGGCGGUAGUGAUGGCCGCGCUGACUGGGAUUUUUGCCUAUUUGUGUGUCAAGCUACUGCAAGAGUUUGGGUGGAAUGUCUAUAAACGAAUUGGUGCCGAUAUCACCCUACAAGAGCGAUUCCGAACUGCGCAGCUAUUUCUCUUGAACCUGAAACUGGAUGCAUUUUUUCAUACUGUGUUUUGCAUCUUUUGGUUGGUGAUUAUGACGCAGGAAAACUAUAUGAAGAAAAGCCAAGCGGGACUAGCGUGGUAUGUGUUGCACUGGUUGCUGACAUUGGGACUGGUGCCUGCUCCAUUCGUUGCCCGGUACGGUUUGAUGUCCGAAAAGCCUAAAGUGAUGAUGGCGUAUCAAACCUUCCAAGUAUUGGUGGCGGUGGACUUUAUUGUUAUUUUACAACAAAGCGCCUCUUCCUGGGUUUUCUGGGUACUAGCAGUGUGUCUUGCCAUCUUUUUAUCCAUCUGCACGAUAAUUUUAGCCAUCUUAGUGACACGAAACUUUGACAAGGGCUUGAAACCACAUUUCCAGCAUCUGUUUGAUGCUGAUUAUCGAUUGAAAUUAAAUCCACGUCAGGAACGAGAUGAUUCUUGGGUCAUUGAUGAUGAAGCCUCAGGUCCACAUCCUUCCGCAGAUACCAUGGAUCAUCGAUCUCCUCCUCCAGCCUAUCCGUGGACUGAUCAAGGUGGCAAAUUUGUAAAAAGAGCACGAUAAUCAUACGGGAUAACCGGGCCAUCCCAAUUUUUUUUUUUUUUUUUUCAUUUCCAGCUUCCCCAUGUUAAUUUUUUCUCUACUUUAAUCAUGUAUUCUGUAAUCCUUAUUGUAUAUUAUACUGCACAACAUAUCGCUGUUCACAAUUCUUUAUACCAUUUCAAAAUAUAACUUGCAAUGUCCAAUCCGAGAGCAAGACGCGUGUUGGUGGGUUGUGUGAUUCCGAGACACCAUGUUGGUCAUGUUGACCUUGAGUUUUU